AUGUUGAGGGAGGCUAUUAUGGGGAUCCAUUUGUCGAGAAGGGAGAUGACCGGUCGUGAGUCGGGCCUCGAUAUGUCGAGAUGGAGUUUGUGUAUCGAGAGGUAUCCUUGUAGGGUUCGAUUGACUACCGAGACAAAGUUUUGUUGUGUACAGUUGCACAAAUUUUCGGAAGAGUCGAGGUUGGGGCGAGUUGAUCCUAUGGAGGAGUUGACGGAGACAAAGUUUUGUUGUGUAGUGUUGAACAAUUUUUGGGAAGAGUCGAGGUUAGGGCGAGUUGAUCCUUUGGGGCGCCAUGGUCUGCUGAGGAGAUAUAGAAUGCGGUGCAGUUUGGAGCAUUUUUUAUCACGGCGACACGGGGCCCACGAGGUGGCUGGCAAGGCGGCAGUAGGAGGCACCGACCAAGAUGACGGGGAUAAAGAGGUCGGACGGGAUGGCGAUGCCGUAGGUGACGAUGCCGUAGAUUUGGAACUCGUUUCAGUUGUUGGAGCUGAGGAGGGUGAGGAUGGCGUCGUCGUUAGUGUUGAGGAGGAGGGAGGCGAGAUUCGGGACAUCGAUUUCGAUGCUACCCCCUUCCCUCCUCUCGUAAUCAAACAAUUCAAAGUGCUUGAGCCCAGGCGCCUCGCUCAACCUAACGUUUCUCAACUCCAGACAAUUAUUAAGGACCAGACGCGUGAGCAAAGGGCAUCCCAAGGUUUUUGUCUCGAAAGUCCCACAAUCAACUUGGACCCGUUCGAGGGUGAGCGUGCGCAGACUUUUGAACCGAACACUCUCGACUGGGCUCAGCUUGCAUUCGCGCAGUUCUUCGAGGGACUCCGAAAAGAAGAAUGCCCAGGGCUGGUCUUUGAACACUUUUAUGUUGCAAUCUGCAAUCCAUUGGUCGAGAAAGGAGAUGAGCAGUUGUGCGCCGGGGUUCCAUAUGUGGAGACGGAGUUUGUGUAUGGGGAGGUUUUGAUCAAUGUAUCCUUGUAG